CCCCCGGGACCCCCCGGGACCCCCUCGGGACCCCCCGGGACCCUCCGGACCCCCGCCAUGGAGGACGUGACCCCCCCGGACCUCCUGCCCUUCCUGCUGCAGGACUGGGGCGCUCAGGAGGCGGGGGGGGCGGCGCCGUUCGUGGAGAUCCUGGAGCAGCCCAAGCAGCGCGGGAUGAGGUUCCGGUACAAGUGCGAGGGGCGCUCGGCCGGGAGCAUCCCCGGGGAGCACAGCACCGAGAGCACCAAGACCCACCCCACCAUCCGCGUGAGUGCCCCAGUGAACAACUACCGGGGCCCGGGGCGGGUGCGGGUGUCGCUGGUGACCAAGGACCCCCCCCACCGCCCCCACCCCCACGAGCUGGUGGGCAAGGACUGCAAGGACGGCUUCUACGAGGCCGAGCUGUGCCCCGAGCGCAGCAUCCACAGUUUCCAGAAUUUGGGGAUUCAGUGCGUGAAGAAGCGGGAGCUGGAGGCGGCCGUGGCCGAGCGGAUCCGCACCAACAACAACCCCUUCAACGUGCCGGCCGAGCAGCGCGGGGGCGAGUACGACCUGGCCGCGGUCAGGCUCUGCUUCCAGGUGUGGGUGAGGGGCCCGGGGGGGCUGCGGCCCCUCCCCCCCGUCCUGUCCCAGCCCAUCUACGACAACCGUGCCCCCAGCACGGCCGAGCUGCGCAUCUGCCGCGUCAACCGCAACUCCGGGAGCUGCCGGGGCGGGGACGAGAUCUUCCUGCUGUGUGACAAGGUCCAGAAAGAGGACAUCGAGGUGCGUUUCUCGGCCGAGGGCUGGGAGGCCAAGGGCUCCUUCGCGCAGGCCGACGUUCACCGCCAGGUCGCCAUCGUGUUCCGCACGCCGCCCUUCCGGGACCCCGCGCUGCGCGCCCCGGUCACCGUGCGCAUGGAGCUGCAGCGGCCCUCGGACCGCCAGCGCAGCGCCCCCGUCGACUUCCGAUACCUGCCCCACCAGGGGGACCUGCAGUGCAUCGAGGAGAAGCGCAAGAGGACGCGGGAAACCUUCCGCUCCUUCAUCCAGCGCAGCCCCCUGCCCGCUCCGGCGUCCGGCGAGUCGCGGCCCCCCCGGCGCAUUGCGGUGCCCUCGAGACCCCCCCCGGCCCCCCAGAACCCCCCCAGUGCGGCUCCCUCCUUCUCUUUCGGGGGUCCUGGGGGGCUCCUGGGGGGCCCGGCCCCCCCCGAGGCGGAGCCUUUGUCCGAGGCGCUGCUGCAGCUGCAGUUUGAGGAGGGGUCCCCCCAAAUCGGGGGGGGUUCCGGCGCCGUGGCCCCCCCGUUGGAUUUUGGGGCUCUUUUGGGGGACUCCUCGUUCCCCCCCCUGGACGCCAUCAACGCCUCCGAGGUCCAGCGCCUGCUGGGCCCCCCCGAGCCCCCCCCGAGCUUCGGGGACCCUCCCCCGGAUUUUGGGGGGGGGGUUCCGGAGCUGCCCCCCCCACCCCCCCAGGAGUUCGGGGGUCCCCCCAUGCUGAUGUCGUACCCCGAGGCCAUCGCCCGCCUGGUGCAGAGCCAGCCCCCGGGGGCGCCCCCCGAAAUGGGGCUGGGGGCUGAGCUGGGGGGGCUGGGGGGGGCCGAGGACUCGCUGCCCUCGCUGGGGGAGCUGGACUUGAGCACCUUCCUCAGCCAGUUCCCCUCCUCCUGACUGGGACGGACUGGGACGGACUGGGAGGUGUCUUGGGGCUUACUGGGACUUACUGGGAGGGUUUUAGGGGUUACUGGGAGGGGUCUGAGGGCUACUGGGGCUGUACUGGGAGUUACUGGGAGUUAUUGGGAGGUGUCUUAGGGGUUACUGGGAUUUACUGGGAGGGUUUUAGGGCUUACUGGGACUUACUGGGAGGCUUUUAGGGGUUACUGGGAGGUGUUUGACGGCUACUGGGGCUUACUGGGAGUCACUGGGAGGUGUCUUAGGGGUUAUGGGGCUUACUGGGAGGGUUUCCGGGGUUACUGGGAGUGACUGGGAGAUUUUUAAGGGUUACUGGGAGGUGUCUGAGGGCUACUGGGAGUUACUGGGAGUCACUGGGAGGUGUCUUAGGGGUUACUGGGGCUUACUGGGAGGCUUUUAGGGGUUACUGGGAGGUGUUUGACGGCUACUGGGGCUUACUGGGAGUCACUGGGAAUUCCGUGCGGUUACUGGGACGACACCGAGUGCCUGCUGGGGGUUACUGGGAGCUACUGGGGAACUCCUGGGGGGUCCCUGGGUGCCUUUUGGGGGGGUCCCCGCUUUGCCCCGCCCCCCUGGGCACAGCAGCCAAUGGGAUUGUGCCCGCCCCUCCCCCCCGGCAUUAACCCCGCCCCCUUGGAAGUGCCUUUGGGGGGGAGGGGAAAGCCCCGCCCCUUCCCCACCCCAAUAAACGGUCCAAGGCC